GUGGUAGGGCACGGUCGCUCCUCACCGGCUCACCCUUGACUCGCUCGCUCGAGGCUGAUGUAAACAGAUCCGGCUCGUCGUGCGUGAGUCUCCUGAGCAUCGUCCUAGUGCGUACUGCUUAUCGAUGCUCAUGUGAUUUUUUUUUUUUACAAGCGGAUUCGCAACAAUACGACAAUUUUGGAGAUUUCUCGGGUUUUAACCAAGUUUUCUCUGCCUUAACCCAGUGAAAAGUGAAUACAUAUGUGAACGGUGACACAUAACAGUGGUUUGCGUUCAUACCGGCUCAUAGUGCUUCCAAACCGAGAAGGGAAGGUACACGCAACUGACUAGGAACAGGUAAACCACACUACCACCAGCGACAUAGCGUGAAGUGCACUGACCUGGGAACUACAAGGCCACGAGCACGAGGACCAUGCCUGACCUUCGCCGCGCCGUGCUUGUGUUCGUCGUGUGUUAGUGUUUCCCCCGCGUGUGUGCCGCCGGGAUGCUGCCGCGUGAGAGGGUAGCGAUGGGGCCCCGGCCACGCCUCCUGCUACUACGGCUGCUACUUCUUCUUCCAUGCGUUUCCGUGCGGGCUCUAGGUGCGGCGGCAGCAGUGCGCACGUCCACUGCCCCGGCCGGCCCCGUGCUGGUGGAGCCGCCCCCCAGCGUGGUGACCUUCACUAACAGCUCCGGGGCCGUGGUGGCGUGCCUGGCCCGCGGUGACCCUUCCCCCCAGGUGGCUUGGCUCAACUUGGACCACUCGCCCGUAACGAACAUUCCCAGCGUGAGGGAGGUCCUGAGCAACGGGUCCCUGGUGGUGUGGCCCUUCAGCGGCACAGACUACCGCCAGGAUGUCCACGCCGCUGUCUACCAGUGCCGCGCCUCCAACCCCGCUGGUGUGGUGCUGGCGCCUCCCACCACGCUUCGGGCCGUGGUGGUGCAGGAGUUCGAGGUCCGCGUGUAUGACGAGUACGUGAUUCGAGGUAACACGGCCGUGCUGCGCUGUGUCGUGCCGCCCUUCGUCCGUGACCUGGUGACCGUGACAGCCUGGGUGAGGGACCACGUCCACCACAUCUACCCGUCCCUGCACGGCGACGGCAAGUACCAGGCCCUGCUGGACGGCCGCCUGCUGGUGCAUAACGUGAAGGCGGGUGACUCCUACUCCACGUACCGCUGCCGCGUCCUGCACACCCUCACCUCCGCCACCGCCGCCUCCAACAUCGCCAGGAUAAUAGUCAGCGACCCUCGGGAGCGGCAAGAACCAAGGAUGGUCACCAAAUCAGCCACAGUGAAGGUGUCAGACUCGAACCCGCUGGUGCUGCCCUGUGUCGCCCACGCUCACCCGCCGCCACAGUACAGGUGGUGGCAGGAGAUCGGGGGUGAAAAGGUGCCGAUAAGCAGCAGCACAACGGCCGUGGUGGGCGGGGGAAGUGGGCGGCUGGGCGGGGAGGUAGGCGGGGACUGGCGGAAGGUGGGCGGGGGCGUGUUGCUACUGGACCCGGCGAACCAAGGCUUUGCUGAGGAUGCCGCCAAGCUGGUGUGUGAGGCGUCCAACGAGGCGGGGAGUGCCACGAUGGAGGUACGGGUGGAGAGGGUGGCGCCACUCACCGCACACCUGACGCCGCGGGUGCUGGUGGUGGACGCCGGCGGAGUGGGCGUGUUCCGCUGCCAGGUGACGGGACCCCAAUCCAGUGCUUCGCCCCACCCGCAGUACAGCAUCACCUGGUACAAGGACGGUCACGUGCUUAGUGCAGGUGGCAGGAUCUCCAUCUCAGAGGGGGAUUCGAAGUUGGAGUUGCGAGGCGUGGGGAGAGCAGACGCCGGCAUGUAUCAGUGCUUCGUGCGCGGAGAUGAGGCCACCUUGCAGGACGCCGCGGAGUUACGCCUGGGCGCCUCGCCGCCGGAGCUGGAGUACAAGUUCAUCAGCCAGACGCUCACGCCCGGCCCCAGCGUGUCCCUCAAGUGUAUCGCCUCAGGCACACCCACGCCCACCAUCUCCUGGGCUCUGGAUGGCUUCCCGCUGCCUCAGAACGAACGGUUGGUGGUCGGGCAGUACGUCAACGUGCACGGGCAGGUGAUCAGCCACGUCAACAUAACGAGGGUUCGCGUGGAGGACGGCGGUCGGUACUCCUGCACCGCCACCAACACCGCCGCCGCCGUCAUCCACUCCGCCCCGCUGCACGUCUAUGGUCGGCCUCACGUGCGUCCCAUGGGCCCCGUGUCAGCCGUGGCCGGGGAGACCUUCCGUGUGCAGUGCCCCGUCGCAGGCUUUCCCAUCACCUCCAUCACUUGGGCCAAAGGUGGAAGAGUGCUGCCCAUCAACCGGCGGCAGCGAGUGUCUGAGUCGGGUGAACUGACCAUCAGCCAGGUGAGUCGCUCCGCGGACGAGGGCGACUACACCUGCACGGCCACCAACAAGCAGGGCCACGCCUCCUCCCAGUCCCUGCCGCUCAGAGUCGUAGAACCGCCGCAGGUGUCGCAGUUCACCCUUCCUGAAUCCCUCCGUGCCGGGUCCCGCGUGGCCGUGCAGUGUGUGGUGGUGCACGGGGACCCGCCAGUCACCCUCGCCUGGCUACACGACGGUGCCCCGGCCCUCGCCACACCUGGGGUCACGGUGACACCCCUGGGUCAGUACGUGUUGGCGCUGGUCAUCGAGCGGCUGCGACAGGAGCACUCCGGGAACUACACGUGCAAGGCCAGCUCGCCCGCCGCCACUUCCUCGCACUCCGCCACGCUCAGAGUACACGUGCCUGCCAGGUGGGUGGUGGAGCCGCGUGACGUGAGUGUGUUGCGAGGACAGGAUGCGAUUCUCACCUGCCAGGCCACAGGGUUCCCCGAGCCUACCGUCACCUGGAGAAGAGCUCGGCCAGGUCCCGGCAAGGGCGUGUACAGCAGCGUGGACUUGGGCGUGGGCGUGAGUGUGCCGUUGAGCCGCUCGUGGGGGAACGGCACUCUCCUGGUGGGGUCGGUGACGGAGGAGGCGGAGGGAGACUACCUGUGCGAGGCCAGCAACGGGGUGGGCACGGGACUCUCGCAAAUCGUCAACCUCCAGGUGCAUGCGCCCCCGGUGGUGAGCGGGGACGGGCGGGUGGAGGCGCGGCGCGGGGAGAACGUGAAAAUGCACUGUGAGGCGCGCGGGGACCCACCCAUCUCCCUCACCGUGGCGAGGGACGGGAAGCCUCUCGACACCAAUGACUACAGGUAUAACGUGGAGGUGAUGGACGGGGCCGGCGGCAGGGGCGGUGGGGUGAGAGCCGAGGUCCGGAUCACCAGCGUGGCGCCUCAGGACUCCUCGGUGAUCGCCUGCACCGCCACCAACAAAUACGGCAGCCACAUCCACCACAUGGAGCUCCGCGUGCAGGACGCCCCCGAGGCACCCCGCGACCUGAGGGUGAGCCGGGAGGGCAGCAGGUCAGCGACGGUCACGUGGGCGGCGCCUCCGUCCCCCAACACGCCCAUCACUCACUACGUCAUCCACCUCAAGGCCCAGAGUGCCACGCCACACGCCGAGGUCCUGGCGCAGUGGUCGGCGGCAGAAGUCAACUCCCGCUCGAGGGAACAACAAACUUUUGUGUCCACCUCAUGGGACAGCGUGAGCACCAGGCAGCAGCGGGCAGAGGGCAGCACCACCUCGGCAGUCCUCAACGACCUUUUGCCCGCCAAAGUGUAUCAGAUCCGCGUGGUGGCCGUGAACAGUGUGGGGGAGUCGCCGUCCUCUGAGCCCCUAACUCUACGCACUGAGGGAGAAGCACCGAGCGCCGCCCCCGUCAAGGUUCGGGCGGUGGGCGUUACUUCUCGGCAGGUGAAAAUUACAUGGGCACCGCCUGAUUCCGACUCUUGGAACGGCCAGCUCAUGGGUUACUACGUGGGACACCGGCUAGAUGGCGUCAUCAAGAGCGGGCGGUCCUUCAGCUUCAGCACGGUGGGGAUCACGCCCGGGGCCACCGAGGAGUCUUACAUCGUGGACGGCCUUGAACGAUACACGCGCUACAUCUUCGUGCUGCAGGCCUUCAACGCAAAGGGGCCGGGGCCUCUGUCCACUGAGGUCUCCGCCACCACACUGGAAGACGUGCCCGAGGCGCCGCCGGGGGAAGUGAGCUGCGUGGCGAUGACCUCCACGCGCCUGGAGGUGUCCUGGUCGCCGCCGCCCCCCGAGCUGAGCCACGGCCGCGUCACCUCCUACACCCUCACCUACACCCCCAUGGACGACCACACGGGUUUGCCCCCCGGCGAGUCCCGCGUGGUGAACGGUCCCAGCGCUACCAUCGGGGACCUCGAGAGGCACACCAACUACUCCGUGACCGUCGCCGCCGCUACCAGCGCUGGGGUGGGCGCCGCCUCCCGCCCCGUCAACUGUGCCACCGAGGAGGAUGUGCCUCAAGCCCCCGUGAGCAUCAAGGCCGUGGUGGGGGGCGCCAACAGCAUCCUGGUGGCGUGGUCGCUGCCCCCACGGACCCACGGCGUCAUCACCAAGUACCUGCUGUACAUGCGUGCCCCGCCUGACAGGGACCCCAUCAGGAGGAUUUUACCCCCUCAGAAUCGCUGGCUCGAGGUGACGGAUCUGGAGCCCAGACAACGCUACGAGUUUUGGGUCGCGGCCGCCACCAGGGUCGGGGAGGGACCCGCCUCGCCCGUGGUGUCUGCGACGACCUCAAACACCGUUGCCGCAGGAAUCCAAAGCGUGGGCGGCGACGUGCGUGCCGCCAAGGGGACGGACGUGAUCCUGGCCUGUCCUCACGUGGGCCUGCCCGAGCCGACCAUCACCUGGCGACGCAACAAUGCACCUGUGACGCGGGAGGCCAGGUACGAGCCGCAGCCUGACGGAGGACUGUUGCUUCGGGACUGUCAGAGGGCAGACUCCGGAAACUACACGUGCCACGCCUCCAACAGACACGGCUCAGACCACGUCCAGUACACCCUCACCGUGAUAGUCCCUCCCGGCGCCGCACUCCUGCACUCCCUUGGCUCGACGCCCAAUACGGUGACGGUGUCGUGGCGCCCCGUAGAUGACGGCGGCGCCCCCAUCAGGAAACUGACUCUAACCUGGCGCGCCGACCCCGGGGAGUGGCGGGAGGUGACCCUGGCGCGGCACCUCACCCAGUACACCCUGCGAGGUCUCAAGUGCGGCACCGAGUAUCAUCUGUACCUCACCGCCCACAACAAGAUAGGUCCCGGGGCAGCCAGUGACGUCAUAACGGUCCGCACCAAGGGUAACAGACCAGCCUCGCCUCCGCAGCACCGUCUGGUGGCUGUCAACGCCUCGGCGGCCACGAUUCGGCUCAACUCGUGGGCCGAUAAGCACUGCCCCAUCUCAGCCUUCGUUGUGAAGCUUAGGCCAGCCAGCAACAGGGAGUGGCAGAUAGUGAGCGGUCGUCUGCCGGGGAAACAGACGGAGUAUACGAUGGGGGACCUGGUGCCAUCCACGCCCUACGAGCUGAGUCUCACUGCCACCAACCCGGCUGGGGACACCACCACCACCUACUCCUUCACCACACACAGGAUCAUGGGAGAUCGCCUGCAGGAGGGGUUGGGUCCUAUCGGGGGCGGGAUGCUGGGGUCGUCAGGGGGCCGCGGUCCGUCCCCAGAGGAGGUGUUUACUGACCCUGCCUUCAUCGUGCCCAUCGUCAUCUCCUGCAUCGCCCUCGUCUCCAUCAUCAUCGCCAUCACACUAUGCCUCAGGAGAAAACCGAUCGCAGGGCAUGACGGAGGGGGCCACGGGGAGGACGGUGACCCCUCCCUCACCCCAGCAGCCGAGAAUAAGAGUAACCUGGCGGCGAGGGAGCAGUACUACGCCACCGUCAGGAAGCCAGCGCCCUCACCCAUCCACGAUGUCAACGCGCUGGAGAGGAUACCAGAAUACGCAGAAGACAUAUACCCUUACGCCACUUUCCAAAUCCAGCGUCAGGAAGACUCCAUCUCCACGCACUUCCAGACCUUUGUGUACCAAGACCCCCGCAGGGCUACUGUGGAAACCUUGGCCUACAGGAAGGGCGGGAACGGUAACGGUGAGGGAAGAAGUGGGAGAGAAGGAGGCGGUGGAGGAGGUGGUGGAGGUGGAGGGGGAGUAGGAAGAGGAGGAGGAGGAGCUGGUGGCGAUAGAGGAACGCCUGGUAUGGGAGGAAUGGGAGGAGGACAUGGACAAGGAGGAGGUGGAGGAGGAGGCGGAGGAGACCGUGUGAUAGGAAGUGGUGGUGGUGGUGGAGGUGGUUUAGGAGGAGGAGGGGGAGUAGGCGGAGGAGGAGGAGGAGGUGUGGAGAGGGACAGUGAUGACUACGCCCGCGUGAAGAGGUGUCGUCUGAAGUACGGCGGGGAGAGCGAGGAUUACGAUGACAGCUUCAACAGCGACACGGACACGGAUCACGCCGCCUCGUCACGGACCGAGAGCUCCUCGCACCUAGACGACGCCCACCACACGCCGCUCACCUCCUCCCGCAACCACCACCACAGUAAACCUGCUGUACGUGGCCUCCGACGCCAGCACGGUGGCUUCACCACUGCAGGAGAGGAAGAGCCUCCCCCGCCGCUCCCGAUCCAGGUCCAGCGGGAGUGGGAGCUACGCCGCGCUGGGUGCCGGCAACAUGGGGUUAGUAAGCUCUUCCAAGGGUGGCGCGGCAGCAGGCACCGGCGUCAUGACAACGGGCGGCAAGGCUCGCUCCCACGGCCACAGCCAGUCCGCUCACCACACCAAAAGCUCCGAGGGUCUGGAGAUGAGUGAGACGGAGGUGGACCGAGACAACAGGAGGCGGAUCAACGACAACAGACGGCGCCACACCAGCUUCUCCAUCGCCGUCUAGCGGCUCCGUGAUGCUUUGUCUUUAGUCUAGUUUGUCGGAGUUUGUGACUGCGAAAGCGUGUGUGUUUAUUUUCUAACGAGCGAGUUCUUUCACCAAAAGAUGAAUCGCAUGGACGCAACUGAGUCAUGGUAGCUUCUAUUUUCACAUUUAAACUAAACUCACGUACUUUUAACUCUCAAAAAUAGAUGGAAGUUAACACCGUGCUAUCAGCGGAUGGGUCGGCAAACUAGCCCGCCCAUCGCGGGGCCGGCUAGGCACCUCCGGCCCGAAUGUCCAUACAGAACCGUCAUCCUUGCGGACACUGAGCCAAGGCCUAGAAAGAAGCGUUUGUCCCUCAGUCACGGGGCACACGAGUGACAUAAUGUCUUGCCUUUCUCUUGAUUGGUAUGGUACAUGUUUUAUGGUAUUUCAACCCGGUUCCCAUUGAAGGACAAAUAACAAGCAACUCAAACACACAAAAACGUGUUUACGGGAACACGCAGAAAAAAGAAUACACACACACACACACACACACACACACACACACACACACACACACACACACACACACUCACACACACACACACACAAACACGUGUGUACCACAAGGCUUUCUUUCCUCAAUAACGGGUGCUUCACAGAGAGGUUCGGUAAUGUCAUGAUCGUCAGAGUGUGUUGUGUAUAUCGUAAGCUGAAUAUAUAUUUCUAUUGUAUAUUCUUGGCGUUGUCAGUGUUAUCGAUGUAAAUAAAAUUUUGAAUUUUAUUGGAAACAAUAUGAAAUUAUAAAUAUAUACUGAUAGCAAAGAAGUAAAGGCUUCCAUUGUACAAUACUCUAAUAAUAUUAAGCAAAUGUGUAUAUUAAUUAUUUCAGCCACCUUCCUUAGACAGGAUAUAGAUUCUUGGGUUGGGUAAACAUUCUUGUUUUGGAGGUAAAAAUGAAAUAAAAGUAUAAAAUUACUACACUUAGCAACACCUAUCUAGGUUUGCUCAUUAAUCGAAAGCCCGAGGGAAGAAAGACUGAAGUAAUUUUCAAUGAGUCUCAUUGCAGGUAACAACAAUUUAGAAAGCUUUGGUUGGAUAAACAUUACUGAUUAAAUUACUAUUUUUCUAGUACACUACGGGAUGCAAAGCAAAGACUCCUGGUAAAAGAAAACGAACGCUUAAGCCGAUGACUUGCAUCCAAACCUUCAUCAGCAGCUGUCCAUCGCCAGUGUGUUUCUAUGGUUGAGUCCCUUAGAUAUUUUGUACACUUAGAUGAGCGAUGUAAACUCUUUGUACUGAGAGGCGCUGUGACCUGCACUCUACUUUAAGGUGUUACACGUAGAAGCCUGUGUCUCUUGGUGCACCACCGGCGGUGCCUCUGGCAGGCCUUUGGUGUAUUCGUGGCUUGACCUGCGGCGGACAGUCCCUACAAACAUUGUAUAUUUUGUGCCACACUGCAGCGCAUACAGUCUGUUGCAUGAUGCAGUGAAUGUUCUCAGAUCCUAACUACUGGAUCGAGGUAUAAAAUGCCUAUAACUCCUUUUAUGUCCCAAAAUUUAUCUUGAAAUGGCCAAUAACUACAAAAAAGCGGUUAUAUUCUGGGGAAUGAUCUAAGUAACUUGGGAGUCAUUAUAAAUCUUAUAUAAUUCUGUUGUCAAUGUAUACCAGUUGUAGUGACUGCGUGUGCAGGUGAGCCUAUGGUUGUACCUGUGGGUGUUUUGGUGUCCAGGUGUGUUAAAAAUUAUACUGAACGUGUCCCUGCCAUAUCGCCAUUAAUAAAAUUAAAAUGUUGAA